AUGUUUAGUCAGGGCGACUCUACUAGUGACCUACCACAACCUGUACAAUCCAGAGCCAGACGUGCCUCUCCCUUGCCUCCUCCUCGACCAUCGCUGCUGAAUUCCUCGAGAAACGAGAACGAGCAGCAAUAUAACAACAAUUCAACAACAAUUCCUAUAACAUAUAGCACUGAUUUUAUAUGGACUAUGGAAAACGGCGGGCUCAGGAAGCGGCCAGUCCCGACACAGGAUGCUCCUGAUUAUACUCAACAAGCACAAAACAUUUACUCUGGCGACAAAUUCGACAAGGCCGAGCUACAAUCUUCACGUAGAGGAUCUCAUCUUGGACGAUUGGAUCUUACAGAUAUCGUGCUGCUUGGACUGCUCACCGCUGCAUCGCUAUUUACGCGUCUAUACAAGAUCAGUUGGGCUAAAUAUGUCGGUAAGGCUAACUCUGAUGAAGCUCAUUUCGGCAAGUUUGCCUCACACUAUCUGAAACGAGAGUUCUACUUUGAUGUCCAUCCUCCACUUGGCAAGAUGCUACUCGGUCUAGCAGGCUACCUGGCUGGCUAUGACGGAACCUUUGAUUUCGAGUCUGGCAAAGUCUAUCCAGACGAUCUAAAUUAUACUGGAAUGAGAGUGUUUUGUGCUAUUUGUGGAGCUACCAUCGUCCCUCUGGCCUUCUUGACUGCGUUGGAACUGAAAAUGUCGAAACAGGCAUCAUUUCUGCUGGGUGUUUUUGUUCUCGUUGAAUGCUCAUUUGCUACCAUAUCUCGAUUCAUCUUACUGGAUUCUCUGCUACUCAUGCUCACUGCCACUAGUGUAUACUGUCUGGUGCGCUUUCGAAAUGAGCAAGCUGCCAGACCGUUUUCGAGAACGUGGUGGGGAUGGCUUUUGCUACUUGGAAUCAAUAUAGGAGCUGUACUGAGCGUCAAGUGGGUUGGUCUAUUUGCUAUUGCGCUCGUAGGAUUGCAUACUAUUGAAGAUUUAUGGGAGAUGCUUGGAGAUCUGAAGAUGCCUUGGAGGACAUAUCUCAAGCACUGGAUUGCUCGAAUCUUGUGCUUGAUUAUGAUACCUGUUGCAGUAUACAUGACAUGUUUCCUGCUCCACUUUGCCAUUCUGACGAGGAGUGGGCCAGGAGAUGCACAAAUGAGCUCCCUGUUUCAAGCUGGUUUGAUUGGGAAUGACUUUGACGAGAACCCUCUUGAAAUCGCCUUUGGUUCAAGAAUAUCCUUAAAGAACAAUGGGCAUGGUGGUGGACUCUUGCAUUCGCACGUUCAGAGAUACCCUACUGGUUCUGAGCAACAACAAGUCACCUGUUAUCAUCACAAGGAUGCUAAUAACGAGUGGUAUGUGACGAAACCUUGGGGUGUGGAGAUUCCUGGUGAAAAAUAUGACGGAGAACCAGAGUUUCUGGAGGAUGGAGCCAUCAUUCGUCUAGUGCAUGCUCAAACGACCAGGAAUCUUCACAGUCACUCUGCUCAUAAGGCGCCAGUUACAACAUCUGAAUAUGAAGUCAGUUGUUAUGGUAAUUCUACUCUUGGAGAUAAGAAUGACCACUGGAAGGUCGAGAUCGUGACAGAUGUGCUGGUACCAGAAACGAAACGAGUUCGUUCUCUGACCACUCAAAUGCGUUUCCGACAUGUCAUGACUGGUUGCCUCUUACGUUCCCACAAUGUGAUUUUGCCACAAUGGGGUUUCAAGCAAGCUGAAGUGCUGUGUCAGAAGGAGGGUGAAGAUCUUAGCCCUUUCAACAUAUGGAAUGUCGAGAAGCAUAUCAACUCUCGAUUGCCCCAACCACGAGCAGGAACACCUCGACCACGCUCCUACUUUUUGCAUGACUUUGUACAUCUGAAUGUCGCUAUGUGGACGUCCAAUAACGCUCUAGUGCCAGAUCCAGACAAAGAAAAAGACAUAUUGACAUCUACACCACGCGAAUGGCCACUCAUGUUGAAUGGACUUCGAAUGGUUGGGUGGGCAGAUGAUGCAAUCAAGUAUUACUUGGUUGGCAAUCCGACGACAUGGCUUGGAUCGACAUUUGGAUUGGUGGCGCUUGUAGGUCUCAUAUUAACUUAUAUUAUACGGUGGAGGAGGCAGAUACGUGAUUUCUUGCCAGAAGAAUACAAAGAUUUUGCCUUUGCAGUUCACACUGGACUGUUGGGAUGGUUUUUGCAUUACAUGCCCUUUUGGAUUAUGGGACGAGUGACCUACCUACAUCACUACUUCCCCGCUCUCUACUUUGCAUUGAUAUCAUUCGCAUUCGUCAUUGACCACAUAAGUAUACGGCUUGUACCAAACUGGUGGUCACGGACAAUCAUCAUGUCUGCUAUUGGAGCAUUAGCUAUAGCCAAUUUUGUCUAUUUCGCGCCAUUAAGCUUUGGUUUUAAUGUGCCCGCUGCAGAUAUGAAGGGACGGGAGUGGAUUUCUGCUUGGAACCUACUCGAGCCAUAA